CUCUCUCUCUCUCUCUCUCUCUCUCUCUCGUUUUUCUUCUCAUUUCUUCUAGCUAAUGUCCGCCAGCCUCCCACCCAGCCCCUUUCAAAAACCCCCUUCUCCUUCCUACCCCCAUUGAUUUUGAUCUUUUCAUUUCUCAAAAGCCCUGGUUUUCCCUUUCUUUGCUUUUAUAAUUACCGCAAGUUCCGCAACCCUCUGAUUUCUGUCUGAAAUCUCAUUCUCCGUUAUCUGGACUUUUCUUCUUUCAUGGCUGCCAUUCUCGAUCUCACUCCCGCUUUUGGAGGAUUCCGUACGACCAGAUGGCCGAAAAAUGGUCGGAUUCCCGGAUUGUACGCGACGAGCCUGAUGACGCUGAUGAUGAGGAAGAAGGAGAAGAUCUCUGCAACGACAAUUACAUGGAAGAUUACCGUCGGAUGGAUGAGCAUGAUCAGUACGAAUCGGUGGGCCUGGACGAUUCGAUGGAGGAUGAGAGGGAUAUUGAUCAGAUCAUGGAGGACCGGAGGGCAGCAGAGGUGGAGCUCGAUGCGAAAGAAGGAAACAUGGGACCGGUGAGUCAGAAGCUCCCUCGCUUCUACAUGAUCAAGACACAGAUGAUGAAAUUAAUUACAGGCACCCAAAAAGGUCUAGAGCUGAUUUCAGGCCGCCAAGAGGACCAAGAAGCUAUGAUGAUACUGAUGGCGGAACACCAAGUUCACCUGGAAGAUCACAGAGAGGACAUUCAAGAGACGAUGUGCCAAUGACUGAUCAAACUGAUGAUGAGCCUU